AUGAUUUAAACAAAAUUGAAAUCUAAUAAGAAGUAUUUGUUUCAAAUAUCUAAUAAAGUUUCAAUAUAAUUAAAUAGCAUUUAUUUUUCCUAGCAAAAAUAGAAAUAAAGAGAAUAUAUUCUCUCCUGAUUAAAAAGAUAAGUAGAAUGUAGAUAUUGAAAGAGUAAAUUCUUUUUUGA